AGAUGUCGGCCGCUUCAUAACUCCAAUUUUUGAGUUGACAAGUAUUUAAAAAAUCAUUGAAUUCAGGUUUUUAAAAAUGCUGAAAACCACGUGGAUUUCACUGAUUUUUUGGAUUUUUCUGCCGAAAAUCGCGUCUACCGUAGCGAUUCAGGACCCGGCAUUCGAUGACUAUGAUAAUUGGCUACAGAAGCAUCGGAGCAUAAUAAUGAUGAAGGACCUGCCGACGGGCGUUAAUUACACUUGGCGCAACUAUUUCAACAGUUGGAAUUUGGAUUAUGAUCUGGAAAUGGCAAAGAGGGAAUUGUCAAAUGAAACUGCUAAAAACAUCGAAAACCAGCUUCCACCUACCAUGCCCCUCAGAUAUGUGAUCCUUCUCUACGUCUCCCUAACUGCGAAACCAUGUGAAAAUGACCUAAAAAGUCAAUUUCAGCUGUAUUCAACGCGUACUUCAAAGGAGAAUGACGAUGAGACUCGAGUCACCUGGGAAUGGGAGUACUGUGGCUCUGACGUCAUCAAGCAGUGGUGUGAUAAGGGAGAUCGACUGUUUUUUGAGAUGAAUGCGAAUCUCAUAAUCGACGCCACCCUUCUUAGUGCAAAUGCGACUUUCACUUGCCCAUUUUCCCUUUAUCACUUCACGACGGACCUGCUUUUCCAGAAAACCAGGGAAUCCUGGAAGUUCUCCCGAUUCUUCUAUGCUACAGUUGGAGUGGUGUCUGCCGGGCUUGUGGCAGUGAUUGCGGUGAUUAUAGUCGUCGCCUGCGAGAAACAACACCGAAAAAUCAGCAAAAUGGCUCAUUGGCCUAAAAACUCGCAUUUCGUCUCCGAUGACUACUACAGCAUCACCGGACCCGAUGAUAGCGUCGAAGUUGUUGUAAUGGAGCAAGAAUGUGCUCCGAUUCAGAAAUAAUUUGAAGUUUUAGUAUUUUAAAAAGUUUUAGAAAAAAUUUUUUUUUUUUUUGAAAAUUUUUUUUGUUAAUUUUUUAUUUCAUAGUUUGUUGUCACUUGUUUUGUUAGUUUUAUCAUAAAUAAAUCCCAUCAUUCAAUAAU